AUGGGAACCAAAACUCCGGAAAACGAGCGUCGCAGAAACUAUGGCGACACGUCCAACUCGGAUGGAGCCUGUCACGUCGGCGGCGAGCCUCGGGGAUCUCAUAUGCACAGAGACGGGGAUGGCUGUCUCGGAGACGCAGGAGGUGAUGACGAGAGCGACGGCGACGGCGACGGCGACGUCGAAGAAACAAGCCUGGGACCGCUAGAGGCGCCCUCAACAACCGACGUCGUAGAUGCAAAGAAGAAACGGAAGAAGAACAAGAAGAAGAAGAGCAAGACGAAGAAGGCCACUCCUCUGCCUGUAAAGCAGUCGUUCCCACCAAGAGUCUUGUUGACCUACCUCUUCCCAUCUGGCGAGUAUCCCGAGGGUGAGAUGCAAAACUAUACCAAAUCACUGAUAGCAGCUGCCGAAGCACGGUACGAAGCUCGUUUGUAUUAUAAAGACGAUGACUUCAUCCAAAACUACCGCAAGGCCGCCGAGGUGCACCGGCAAGCUCGACGAUGGGUGCAGGAGAGCGUCAAGCCCGGCCAGACUCUCCUGGACAUCGCGGAAGGAAUCGAAGACAGCGUAAGGGCGCUGCUGGGUCAUGCCGGGCUGCAGCCUGGAGAUAGUCUCAAGGCCGGCUUGGGUUUCCCCACGGGUCUAUGCCUCAACCACCAAAUGGCGCACUACACGCCCAACCCGGGUCAAAAGGAUGUGGUACUACAGCAGCACGACGUUAUGAAAGUUGACUUUGGUGUCCAUAUCAACGGCUGGAUUGUCGACAGCGCCUUCACCAUGGCCUUUGACCACACCUACGACGGCCUUCUAGCCGCAGUCAAGGAUGCCACCAACGCGGGGGUCAAGGUGACAAUCUUCCUUCCCAAACGGGCGGCCGGUAUCGACGUGCGUAUCAGCGAUGUCAGCGCUGCCAUCCAAGAAGCCAUGGAGAGCCACGAGGUUGAAAUCCGCGGUAAAACGUUCCGCGUCAAGCCGGUGCGCAAUCUCUGUGCACACGAUAUCAAGCAGUACCGUAUUCACGGCGGCAAGUCCAUCCCCUUUGUGAAGAACUCGGACCAAACCAAGAUGGAGGAAGGCGAGGUCUUUGCCAUCGAGACAUUCGGCACGACUGGGCGCGGCUACGUGCGCGACGAUGUAGGAAUCUACGGGUACGGGCUGAACCAUGACGCCCCGCUGGCAGUCCCUCUACCCCUGGCCUCGGCCAGACGUCUGCACAAGACCAUUCGAGAGAAUUUCAGCACGUUGGUCUUCUGCCGUCGCUACCUCGACCGGCUCGGCGCGGAGAGGUAUCUAGCCGGUAUGAACUGCCUCGUCUCCAACGGCAUAGUGGAGCCUCAUCUACCCCUGAUGGACAUCGAAGGGUCGUACUCGGCGCAAUUCGAGCAUACUCUGCUCCUUCGUGAGACGCACAAAGAAGUCUUCAGCCGCGGCGACGACUACUGA